UGAGGUGUGUACACCCAAGAACCAUGUCUAAUGGGAGUCUUUUAACCCUGAAAGUUAUGAAUUGGACAAGAGCUUCCGAUUAACAAGAUUUACUGAACUGAAGGGCACUGGCUGCAAAGUGCCCCAAGAUGUCCUGCAGAAAUUGCUGGAAUCCUUACAAGAGAACCACUUCCAAGAAGAUGAGCAGUUUCUGGAAGCAGUUAUGCCAAGGCUUGGCAUUGGGAUGGAUAUUUGUGUCAUUCCUUUGCGGCAUAGUGGUCUUUCCUUGGUGCAAACCACAGAGUACAUUUAUCAUGUUGUCGACCUUUAUAUGAUGGGCAGGAUAGCAUGUGCUAAUGUACUCAGUGACCUCUAUGCAAUGUGGGUCACAGAAUGUGACAAUAUGCUGAUGCUCCUUGGAAUCAGUAAUGAAAUGACUGGUAGGAAGAGGGAUAAAGUGAUGCCCCUAAUUAUACAGGGUUUUAAAGAUGCAGCAGAGGAGGCAGAAGCGUCUGUAACGGGCAGACAAACAGUGGUAAACCCCUGGAUUGUUUUGGGAGGAGUGGCUACAACUGUCUGCCAGCCCAAUGAAUUCUUCAUGCCAGAUAACGCAGUGCCUGGGGACAUGCUGGUUCUGACAAAGCCCCUGGGGACACAAGUGACCGUGGCUGUGCACCAGUGGUUGGAUAUUCUUGAAAAGUGGAAUAAAAUUAAACUAGUGGUCACUCAAGAAGAUGUGGAGUUGGCAUACCAGGAGGCGAUGAUGAAUAUGGCAAGGCUCAACAGAACAGCUACUGGACUCAUGCACACGUUCAGACAUGCUGCCACUGAUAUCACUGGCUUUGGAAUUCUGGGCCAUGCACAGAACCUAGCUAAACAGCAGAGGAACGAGGUGCCCUUUGUGAUUCACAACCUCCCUGUCCUGGCCAAGAUGGCUGCUGUGAGCAAGGCCUGGGGAAACAUGUUUGGCCUCAUGCAUGGGACCUGCCUGGAGACAUCAGGAGGCCUUCUAAUCUGUUUUCCAUGUGAGCAAGAAGCUCGGUUCUGUGCAGAGAUAAAGUCUCCCAAAUAUGGUGGAGGUCACCAAGCAUGGAUUAUAGGUAUCGUAGAGAAGCGCAAUUGUACAGCCAGAAUCAUAGACAAACCCUGGAUCAUCGAAGUCGCACCACAGGUGGCCACUCAAAAUGUGAGUCCCACACCUGGUGCCACCUCUUAAUCUAGACCUGAAAUAGCUAUUUGGUUUUGUUUUUAAAUCUAUUUCCUUUAUCAUUUCAA